AUGACCUACCAUCGCAUCCAUGACUGGCUCACUGGCCAGAUCAAGCGACAGAAGCUUUCGCCAAUGCGCUUCUCCGGACGACACAACGAAAUGGAUGCUAAGACGCUCACCACUCGAGAGGUUCUUGACUUUAAUUUCAUGGCUGGAUGCUCGGGCUUCGUCGAGCUGAGAAUGUUCGAGAUAACGACCACGAAUGCUGCAGACGAAGUCAUCAUGGUGACCGGAGGAGCUGACGACACCAUCAAUGAGCAAGGACUUGUGCGACAAGCGAGUGAGAGAUUGCACAGUAUUGCCAAUCUUGACAACAGCAUCUCGUUUGACAACGUCUUCACCAAUCUUGAGGGCAUGGACGCCCGCUACCAACAAUGGGCUAGGCUUGCAAGAUAUGGUGGCAGGUUAAAACUGGAAAGCGACCGUAUCUCCGACGUCUUGCGAUCCGAAUAUUGGACGUCUGACAAGCCUAGUAUCAGCAUUCAGGCUGUGUGGAGAUACAAGUGGAACAAACCACAAGCUCGAAGCCCAACUCCUCGUACCCUACCGCCAAUCCAAAAUGUGCAGCGAGGUCCAAAACCUAUGACUUGGAGCUUGCGUGUCCAACAUGCUAUUGUAGAUGGCGAACAAGGUGCGAUCACCUUAGAGGACGACAUCAGUCAAAGGCCACCCUUCAUGAAAGCCAUGGCGAGAUACGCUUUGCAUGAAACUUUGUCACUUCAAGGCGAUGCGAGACAAGGCCAGUUCGGGACGAGCAGAAUACACGAAUGGGGACUGGACGAGCCAAAUCUUAACCCUCCGUACAUUGGAACAAGACAUUCUGGCGAAGCUGUGCAGAUGCAGCUGCCGCCUCCUUAUAGCGAGGAGAUGUCGACACCUUCCAGCAAGCGCUCCUAG